UCGACAGUGUGCCUCUGAAUUGUGGAGGCAGGUAUAUUGCACGUUUUUUUUUUUAGUUUGUACCGCGUUUAUUCAGCAGCAAUAGUUAAAUGAAACGAUUAUCUGAGGAACGUACCAAAAUUCUCUUUGAGAAGCUGGCCAAAUACAUCGGUACAAAUGUGCAACAGUUGAUUGACAGACCUGAUGGAACAUAUUGCUUUCGAGAGCAUCGGGAUAGGAUUUAUUAUGUUUCUGAGCGCAUAUUAAAGCUGAGCGAGUGCUUUGGUUACAAGCAACUUGUCUGUGUGGGCACAUGCUUUGGCAAGUUCUCUAAGACCGACAAACUUAAGUUCCACAUUACGGCGCUUUACUACUUAGCACCCUAUGCCCAAUACAAGGUUUGGGUGAAGCCGUCCUUUGAACAACAGUAUCUGUAUGGUAAUCACAUACCGAAGUCUGGAUUGGGUCGUAUCACGGAGAAUGCAGGGCAAUAUCAGGGCGUUGUGGUAUUCUCCAUGAAUGAUUUGGCGUUAGGCUUUGGUGUGCUCGCACGUUCCACGACAGAGUGCAAGUCGGCGGAUCCUCUAAGCACAGUUUGCUUUCACCAGUCUGACAUUGGAGAGUAUAUUCGCGCAGAGGAUACGCUAUUUUAGUUUUUAUAUAUACAUAUUUUGUAGCUUUUAUUCAUUUAUAAAUAAGGCAUUAAUAAUAAAAGC